AUGCCUCACUCUGUUCUUCACCUCACUCUGUUCUUCCCCUCACUCUGUUCUUCCCCUCACUCUGUUCUUCACCUCACUCUGUUCUUCCCCUCACUCUGUUCUUCACCUCACUCUGUUCUUCACCUCACUCUGUUCUUCACCUCACUCUGUUCUUCCCCUCACUCUGUUCUUCACCUCACUCUGUUCUUCACCUCCGUCUGUUCUUCACCUCACUCUGUUCUUCACCUCACUCUGUUCUUCACCUCACUCUGCUCUUCACCUCCGUCUGUUCUUCACCUCACUCUGUUCUUCACCUCCGUCUGUUCUUCACCUCACUCUGUUCUUCACCUCACUCUGUUCUUCACCUCACUCUGUUCUUCACCUCCGUCUGUUCUUCACCUCACUCUGUUCUUCACCUCCGUCUGUUCUUCACCUCACUCUGUUCUUCAACUCACUCUGUUCUUCACCUCACUCUGUUCUUCACCUCCGUCUGUUCUUCACCUCACUCUGUUCUUCACCUCCGUCUGUUCUUCACCUCACUCUGUUCUUCACCUCACUCUGUUCUUCACCUCACUCUGUUCUUCACCUCCGUCUGUGACUUACAUGGAAAUAAGAAAGUCUCUGAUUCAGAGACUACACUCGGACCCAAAGGUCGAGUCAUCAUCACAUAAAGACGAGAGAGAGGAGACGAGAGGGGGAGGAGACGAGAGAGAGGAGACGAGAGAGAGGAGACGAGAGAGCGGAGACGAGAGAGCGGAGACGAGAGAGAGGAGACGAGAGAGCGAAGACGAGAGAGGGAGGAUACGAGAGAGCGGAGGAGACGAGAGAGCGGAGGAGACGAGAAAGCGGAGACGAGAGAGAGGAGACGAGAGAGCGGAGACGAGAGAGCGGAGACGAGUGAGAGGAGACAAGAGAGCGAAGGAGACGAGAGAGCGGAGACGAGAGAGAGGAAACGAGAGAGCGGAGGAGACGAGAGAGCGGAGACGAGAGAGAGGAGACGGGAGAAAGGAGACGAGAGAGCGGAGACAAGAGAGAGAGGAGACGAAAGAGAGGAGAAGAGAGAGCGGAGACGAGAGAGAGGAGACGAGAGAGCGGAGACGAGAAAGAGGAGACGAGAGAGCGGAGACGAGAGAGAGGAGACGAGAGAAAGGAGACGAGAGAGCGGAGACGAGAGAGCGGAGACGAGAGAAAGGAGACCAGAGAGAGGAGACCAGAGAGAGAGGACGACAGAGAGGACACGAGAGAGAGGAGAGGAGACGAGAGAGAGGAGAGGAGACGAGAGAGAGAGGAGACGAGAGAGCGGAGACGAGAGAGAUGAGACGAGAGAGAGGAAACGAGAGUGCUGAGACGAGAAAGAGGAGACGAGAGAGCGGAGAUGAGAGAGCGGAGACGAGAGAGCAGAGACGAGAGAGCGGAGACGAGAGAGAAGAGACGAGAGAAAGGAGACGAGAGAGAGAGGAGACCAGAAAGAGAGGAGACGAGAGAAAGAGACGAGAGAGCGGAGACCAGAGAGAGGAGACGAGAGAGAGGAGACGAGAGAGAGGAAACGAGAGAGUGGAGACGAGAGAGAGGAGACGAGAGAGAGAAGAGAUGAGAUGA